UUUUAGUUUAUAGUAUUUACUCGGUUAUUGCCUUUUCCAUCUGUUGCACAGGCCUACAGCCGGGUCUUAUAUUAUCUGAUCUGUAAUGUUCAGAUUGCAGAUCUACAGUACAUUAAUGGAGCUCAGUGCAGAAUGUGUAUUUCUGAUGCUUUACUGUGCCUCAUGAAGGAAAGUAAACAGUCAUGUGGGGUUAGUCAUGUGCAGUUAUUUACCCAUCCUUCCCCUGCCUGUACAUCUAACAGUCUUAAGGACCCACUCAACACUUAACUGUGCUUCUAAAGGUUUAUCUAACUCUAGGAGCUUUGGAUUGAGGGGGGCGAUGUGAGAGACGCAGAGAAACUGUUGAGGGGAGGCAGAGAGACGGGAGUGGUGUGGAUAUUGAUUUCUCUGGCUGUGUUUCAGGCUUUCAAUCAGCAUGACUGUGGUAAAUAAAUGAUUUCUGCUUUGGGCCACAGAAAUACAAGUCAUACAAUCGUGUCUGAUCUUCUCCUUUAAACAAUGUCCAGUUGUUACAUCACUGAGUUGGUGUCUGCCAGGCAUACUUCAUGCAGACUGUUGUAUACACAGGCAGUUGCAGGUUCACUUGACUGGAGAUGGGACAGACUGCAAAGACUGCAGCUGAAACCACAACCUGGAGAUGUAUAUGUGUGAGCUUUGAGGGCUUUGAGGGGACUUUUGAAAAGUGACAACAUUCUUUGUAGAUGAAACUGUGUCCUAAUCUAAUUUCCUUGAGAGCUUUGGGAUAAUUAUUAAAGUGGAUUUUAUAAUAACUUUUAAGUUGAGACUGGUUGAAAGGUUGUGGUGGGGCAUGUGGGUUCACUAUAUUAACCAAUUCAAACCCAUGCUGUGCUAGCCUUGAUCCUCCUGGGUGCUUUGACUCAGUCCUGUUCUGUACGGCGUGUCUGGACUUAUCCAACAAUACUCUAAAAAUCACAACAUCAAUAUUCAGCUGUGUUUUGAAUGGCCUACAGCACCAUUCCUGCACACUGUGACAACGUCAUGCAGUCCACGCCAAAGCUUUUUUCUGGACGGUGAUGAAAACUAAAAACUGAGGGAGUGCUUUCUCAAAACUCAACAGUUUUUGGGUGGAAAGUGUUAUUAAAACAUACUUGUGGCAAUGCUGCACACCAGCCUAACCUUAUAUGGUCAUGUUUCUAAAAUCCUUCAGUGCAGACAGACAAAACAGCUAGGGCACCUUUAGUGCAGUUACUGUGUUUAAAGAGUCUACAACAGCUAGGUGCCAAUGACUUGCAGAGAGACAACCUGGCUGGGUCUGUCUGCCCUGCAGCUCUGUGUUUUCUUCUGUACUAAACUGUCCUGGAGCCGGUGUGGAGGUAACCACAAAACAAAAGCAGAGAAACAACAAUAGAGUGGCUUCCCACAUUUGUAGAAGACUUAAAUGCUCUUGAGAAGAGUUGUUGCAUAGCAUUCAUGGGUGUACCUCUGUAUCCUCAGGCCAUCAGGAGACAAGUGAGAGCACUUACAACUGUCAGUCAUUGUUUUCAUGGCCUGUUGCUCCCAUCUGCCUACCUCAGGAUGGUGUUAGCUUACGCACAUAUAUGUUCGUACAUGCAGACUCUCAUACACAUUCACAAGUUGUAUGCGCGGGUUAUGCCCUGUUCAGCAUGCAAGAGUGACUUGUUUUGUUGUCCCUUAUCAACAAACCAGUAUCUGCAUGUUUUAUCUGUAUGGCCCUGUCUCAGUUACAUGGAUGCCUCUCUGCUUCUCUGUUUUGAAUAGUCAAUCAUAGUCAUUUUGUUUCCACUUGUUUUUCCAUUUCCAUUUUCUCCACUGAAAAGCAUUAAACCACAAAUCCAGUAUCACUUGUCACGCCCACUCUCCCACCUUUCCAUUCACCCUUGUUGAGACAGCAGACUUGAGCUGGCACCGUCUCAGUUGCGUAUAGUUGAGCAGAAGAGCUGGGGGCUCCAUCAUCAUCUUCCACCGACAAAGAUGGGAGGAUUAAACAGCAACAUUUAACAUGAAGGAUAGAGUGAAAACGGAACAAGACCACUCCACACACCAUGAAGACAGAGGGCUCUCUAAAUCAGAGUCUGAAUGAAGUUGGGACUCUGCACUGCAUGUCUGCCAUUAAUUAUGGUGGCAGAGGGAAGAGGAUUAAGGUACUAUCCCAUUCAGUGGUACCAUUAGUGGGAUUGAUAUUGUUGGCCACCCUUCCUCUUGGAGCAAGCAUCAAACAGAGUGUCCCCAGGGUCAAACUGAGCCACAGAGAACUGCUGAAAGCUGGCAGUGUGUCUCUGUUUUUGGGCCCCUCUGAUGGCCUCCACUCCCACUCGCUGCUGUUGGAUGAGGAGAGAAGUCGUCUUUUGCUGGGAGCCAGGGAUCACAUCUACCUGCUUGAUCCUGACAAUCUGGCCAGAGCGCCCAGAAAGAUUCACUGGCCUGCUCCUCGGGAACGAGUCGAAAUGUGCAAACUGGCGGGGAAAAAUGUAAAUCUGGAAUGCGCUAACUUUGUCAGAGUCCUCCACAACUACAAUCGAACACAUGUCUAUUCCUGUGGGACAGGAGCCUUCCACCCUAUCUGUGCUUUUGUUGAAAUCACUGGCCGCAGAGAGGAUGGUGUGUUUCAAUUGCUGUCUAGUACAGUGGAGUCUGGCAGACUAAAAUGUCCUUUUGACCCCUUGCAGCAGUUUACCUCAGUCCUCACAGAUCAGUACCUGUAUGCAGGAACAUCUUCAGACUUCCUGGGCAAAGACACAGCGUUCACACGCUCCCUUGGUCCUCCACCUGACCAGCACUACAUACGCACAGACAUCUCUGAAGACUACUGGAUCAAUGAGGCCAGGUUUAUAUCUGCUCAUUCCAUUGCAGACACAUACAAUCCGGAUGAUGAUAAGAUAUACUUUUUCUUUCGAGAGGUGUCGUGGGAAGGCAACGACAAGAGCAUCGUGUCUCGAGUGGCUCGUGUGUGCAAGAAUGAUGUGGGUGGGCUGAGGAGUCUGACCAAUAAAUGGACCACCUUUCUCAAAACCAGACUUGUGUGUUCGGUGCCUGGGCCAGACGGCGUGGACACACACUUUGAUGAGCUCCAGGACAUCUUUCUGCUCCCUACCAGAGAUGAUAAAAACCCCAUAGUGUAUGCAGUUUUCACCACCUCCAGCUCUAUUUUCCGUGGCUCAGCAGUGUGUGUGUACAGCAUGGCGGACAUAAGGGCUGCUUUUAAUGGACCUUACGCCCACAAGGAGGGGCCUGACCACCGAUGGGUGGAAUAUGAGGGGAGGAUACCGUAUCCCCGUCCUGGGACGUGUCCCAGCAAGACAUAUGAUGCAAGGAUCAAAACCACCAAAGACUUCCCGGAUGAAGUGGUCAGUUUUAUUCGAUUCCACCCUCUUAUGUAUCGCUCUGUCUACCCUCUGACUGGCCGACCAGUGUUCACACGUGUCCGAGUGGACUACACCCUGACUCAGAUUGUGGUGGAUAGAGUUUUGGCUGAGGAUGGCCAAUAUGAGGUCAUGUUCCUGGGAACAGAUGCCGGCUCAGUUCUGAAGGUAGUGAGUAUCACUCAGGAGAACUGGUCUACAGAGGAAGUGGUGCUUGAAGAACUUCAAGUUUUCCAGGUUCCCACUCCCAUCCUCAGCAUGGAGAUAUCAUCGAAACAGCAACAGCUCUAUGUGGGUUCAAGUGAAGGACUAGCCCAGGUUUCACUCAGCAGAUGUCACCUGUAUGGCCAGGCCUGUGCUGAAUGCUGCCUGGCACGGGACCCUUACUGCGCCUGGGAUGGACACACAUGCUCACGAUACAUUCCUGCAUCAAAGAGGCGAGCCAGAAGACAGGACAUCAAGCAUGGAGACCCCGCCAGUCAGUGCUGGGACACAGAAGACAGUCCUGUUGGGGGAAAAGUGGAGGAGAGGGUCCUCUUUGGGGUGCAGAGCAACUCCACAUUUCUCGAGUGUAUCCCCAAAUCUCAACAGGCCCAGAUCCGGUGGUACAAACAGAGACCUGGCUCUGAACGCAGGGAGGAGGUGCGACUGGAUGAUCGUGUUAUGCACACAGAUCGAGGUCUGCUGAUUCGCUCCCUCCACGCCUCCGAUGCUGGGGACUAUGUCUGCGUAGCUCAAGAGCACACACACUUCACCCACACUCUCCUCCGACUCACGCUACACCUAGUUACACAUGGGCAUGUGGAUGGGAAGUCAAAGCCCAGUGAAGACCCCGUAGUGGAACCACGCCACAGUGCUGAGUCCCGCCAGCGUUAUAAAGACUACCUGAGAGUGAUGAGCUCUCCUUUCAGCUCUCUGGAGGAGUACUGUGAUUCGCUGUGGCUGGAGAAGAAGCUGUCAAGGGUGCGAGGACGAGGCUUAGGAGCUGGCAAAUGGAAACAUAUCCAGGAAAUGAAGAAGAGCAGGAACAGGAGACACCACAGGGACAGGGAGGAGAAGUGGGCAAAACAAGGGAGGGUGGUGAGGAGAGCAAAGCAGUGAAGGGUGUGGUACAAAAAUAUUCAGUGUUAGCUGUCUGUAUUCAGUAGUUCAAAAGUUCAUAGUAAAAGUAUGAAUUACAAAGUUGUUUCAAGGAAAGCAUCAGAGACCAAGCCUUUGCAAUGUGUAAAACAUUUUGUUUUGCUAAGUCAUCUAUUGACUUUUGUUUCAGCUACAGUGCUACUGGAGAUAAGCUGACCAGAUGAAGGAUAGAACAGGACUGGUCUUUCUUUACAGAACUCUGGCAAACUAUACAGACUGAUGGUUAAUAGAUGCAAUCAUUUGAUGAUAUUGAAGGUUGAAUUGGUGAGACUGGAGUUCCUUUGUGGUGUUGACAAUGCAUUCACGUUGAAUGACUGUAAAUAUUUAUAUACAAUGUACAGGAGAUGCAGCAUGCUCUAUUUAGUCUUAUUACUGUUCUGUAUAACUAUAAAGAUAAUCCCGUGUUAUGCUUGGACUGAUAAAAUGACAUAUUUUUGUACAAACAUUUCACUCUCAUGUACUGUAGGUUUGUUAGAUGUUUUCUUUGCUGCUGUUUUGGAAAGUUAUUUAAAUAAAUUUGUUUUGGAGUCUCUGC